GACGGUUCGGCGGUAUCUAGUUAUACUGUAGCUUUUCCUGCAGAAUUGUGUCGCGAUGGCCCGUACAAAGCAGACUGCCCGUAAAUCCACUGGAGGUAAAGCUCCUAGGAAACAGCUCGCCACCAAGGCAGCUCGUAAGAGCGCCCCGGCUACUGGCGGCGUGAAAAAGCCUCACCGUUACAGGCCCGGGACUGUAGCUCUGCGUGAGAUCCGUCGCUACCAGAAAUCUACUGAGCUGCUGAUUCGCAAGCUGCCUUUCCAGCGCUUGGUGAGGGAGAUCGCUCAGGAUUUCAAGACCGAUCUGCGCUUCCAGAGUUCUGCCGUCAUGGCGUUGCAGGAAGCCAGUGAGGCUUACUUGGUUGGCCUGUUUGAGGACACCAACUUGUGCGCCAUCCACGCCAAGAGGGUGACCAUCAUGCCCAAGGAUAUUCAGCUGGCGCGUCGUAUCCGCGGUGAACGUGCUUAAGGUCUGGACGCCAGCGGUCCGCUUGGAAAAACCCAAAGGCUCUUUUCAGAGCCGCCUCCACAGUCUAAAAAGAGCGAGUCUUUGUUCUAGCUAAACUGCCAAGUCCCUUUUGUCAAAAUGUUUCAAAUGUUUAAAUCCCUUAACUUGCAAGUAAACGCAUAGCUUACAGCAUUAAGAUGAGGGAUGUUUUCCAUGCUACUCCUUGGCUCAAUUUCAGUUUUUCAGAAACCUGAUAUUUGGAGACUUGUACAUGUUGAUAUCUGUAGUAUACGCAUCAUUCAUGUACGUUCUCCCCUAUACCACAUUCCGAUGAAGCGCCAAGUCUCCUCAUUUGCAUGUUGUGUUCAUAAUAAAAUUGAGUUUUUUUU